GCGGGGCGGGUCCCUUCUGCCGCGGCGCCUCUAUGGUGGCGCCGGGUCCUUCUGCCCCGCCGUCUCUAUGGUGGCGGCCCCGCCAUGUUGCUGCCGCCCCGCCGCCUCCUCCCGCCCCGCCGUGCCGCCGCCACCGCCGCCGGGCCCGCCCGCCGCCUCCUGCUCUCCACGCCCAUUUUCUACGCUAACGGGCCGCCGCACAUCGGGCACCUCUACUCCGCCUUGUUGGCCGACGCCCUGCACCGUUACCACGGGCUCCGCGGGGCCCCGGGCCGCCUCUCCACGGGGACGGACGAGCACGGGCUGAAGAUCCAGCAGGCCGCGGCCGCGGCGGGGACGUCGCCCCCGGAGCUCUGCGAGAGGGUCUCGGGGCUCUUCCGCCAGGCCUUGACCCGGGCCGCCGUCUCCUUCACCGACUUCACCCGCACCAGCCAGCCCCGCCACCAGCGCGCCGUGCGGCACUUCUGGGGGGCCCUGCGGGACGGCGGGGCGCUCUACAAGGGCUCGUACGAGGGCUGGUACUGCACCCCCGAGGAGUGCUUCGUGCCCGAGAGCCAGCUGGCCGAGCGCAGGGACGCCCGGGGCCGCCCCUGCAGGGUCUCGCUGGAGAGCGGCCACCAGGUGCACUGGACCAAAGAGGAGAAUUACAUGUUCAGGCUCUCGGCCUUCCGGGAGCCGCUGCGGGCCUGGCUGCGGGACAACCCCCGCGCCGUGUCCCCGGAGCCUUUCUACCAGCGCGUGCUCCGCUGGCUGGACGAGGAGCUGCCGGACCUGUCGGUCUCCCGGGAGAGCAGCCGGCUGCCGUGGGGCAUCCCCGUCCCCGGGGACCCCACGCAGACCGUGUACGUGUGGGUGGACGCCCUGGUGAACUACCUGAGCGCGGUGGGCUACCCUGAGGCCCACGGGCAGUGGUGGCCCUGGGCCCACCACGUGGUGGGCAAGGACAUCCUCAGGUUCCACGCUGUCUACUGGCCGGCGCUGCUGAUGGCGGCCGGGCUGGCUCCCCCCGAGCGGAUCCUGGUGCAUUCCCACUGGACUGUCCACGGGCAGAAGAUGUCCAAGAGCCUGGGCAACGUGGUGGAGCCCGGGGCCUGCAUGGGGCGGUUCUCGGUGGACGGGUUCCGGUACUUCCUGCUGCGGCAGGGCGUGCCCGAGCGCGACUGCGACUUCUACCACCAGAAGGUGGUGAAGCUCCUGAACUCCGAGCUGGCAGAUGCGCUUGGGGGGCUCCUCAACCGGUCCACAGCCCCCAGCAUCAACCCCAGCAACACCUACCCGCGCUUCUCCGAGGCUUGCUUUCCAAAGGUCUUGGACUGCAGGGAGACAAAAGGUGCAGGGAGGGCUUCUGCAGAGGACUAUGAGUUCCUGGCAUCCGUGGCUUCUCUGCCUCUGCGGGUGGCUACUUGUUUUGAAAGCUUCCAGAUCUACAAGGCUUUGGAGUGUAUCUCCCUCUGCGUAAGGCAGACCAACAGCUUCUUCCAGAGGCACAGGCCUUGGAAACUCGACCGGCAGGACCCCACAGAGCAGCUCUGGCUAGACACCAUUAUCCACGUCACCCUGGAGUCCCUGCGUGUCUGCGGGACCCUCCUGCAGCCUGUCAUCCCCCACACUGCCCACAGGCUGCUCUCCAGGCUGGCUGUGCAGCCCCAAGAGAGAGGGCUUUUGGGUCUGACGUUCCUGCCACGCUACCAUGGGAAUCCCUGUCCCUUUGAAGGGAGGCAGCUUGGAGAGGACACCGGCCUCUUGUUUCACAGACUGGAGAAAUCAGACCAGCAUCAGACAGGAACCAAGAAGCUCUAGUCUCUGACAAGCAGCUGCUGUGAAUAAAAGCCUCUGGGAGCUCCCAGGAA